AUGUUUCGAGAAACGAGUGUAUAUUCGGGCUCAAUUAAGUAUACCGUACAAAUAUGUUUUGACCAACCAUAUUAUUACAGCUCUGAAAAAAUAAGAUGUAGCAUAAAAGUAUUUUACGAAAGGCUUGGCCAGGAGAGCGAAUUCCUGGAUGAAUUUGAGCUCUUAGACUAUAUUACCAUUCAACUGUUUGGCUAUGCUUCGUUUUCAGACGAAUUAUUAAACUAUUUGAGUACUAGUAAUCAUUUCUCUGCUUCAUCAAUAGCUCCAUCAUCUUCAAUGAACCGGUUCAUUUCUAAUUUAUUCAAUAUAACUUCAAGAUUUGAUCGACUCGGAAUAACUGUAAAGCAAAGUAACCAAAGAAACAAACCGAUUUUUGUAAGUAACCCAUAUAUAUUAAUUAGUGAUGUAAAGAUUCUGAAAUCCAGAGAUGAAAUUGGGACCUUCAUGUAUACUUGUUUUUUGCCUCCAUUUAUUCCCCCAACCUUUUCUGGAAAACUUAUUUCCUUCAACUACAUUGCCCUGGUUACUAUGGGAAUCAAUAACAAGAUGAAGUCAGAAAGGUCAAAUUAUUUAUUCAACUUAGACUUCAUUCAAGCUAGAGGCCGAAUAAUCCAAGAUCAAGGCAAAGAGUCCUUAAGAAACUCCAUACCAACCAUUCAAAAAAAACUCAAAUUUGAUAUAAGAUGUUUGGGACCUCACCCAAGAUCUUCAGGAAUUCUUUUUUCUCCAAUAAAAAGAAUCGGGAUAUAUCAUCCAAUCACCGCACUAAACAAUAACUAUUAUCAUUCUAUCCCUAUUGAUGACUUUAAUUCAGUAAUAACCAACUCUUCUGAGAAAAUACCGUCUAUAGCAACCACUACACCAUACAGUAAUAUUUGUGAACUCUCUGAGAUUGAAUUUUUAACUGCAUGUGGAAGCAAUCCCAAAAUUAUCUUGGACCAUCUAAAUAGCAAAUUCCAAAGAAGAUCUCUCUGUUUAAAGGGAAUACAAGCUCAAAGUGACUCAACAAUUCCAAAGAUGAGAUUCUUCGAACUUCAGGACAAUAUUGAUAUUUACUCAUCUCUAAAUGCUCUUCCAAAGUCUCUUCUAGAGGUUUAUUGGGAAAACGAAGCUUCAAGAAUUCACUUCCCUGAAAGCUUAAAUAGUGAACAAAUUUUAUAUUCAACUUUUCAUCCUUCCAAAGGCCUCAAUAAUAAUGAAACCCUUAGCAUUAAUUAUAAAAAUGAAUUAGUUGCUACAUGCAGAAUUUCAAAUUCCAGUUCAUGGUCAUCUUCAUGCCCAAUAAUUAUUCAUUUUGACCUCUCUAAAUCAUACUGGAAAACCCAAGAAAUUCACAUUAUACUUAAAAGGAUUGAAGUAAUUCGUCAGAAUUCCCAAGACCAGCAUGGUAUACAAAAUCAAAUUGUAAUAUAUAAUUACAAGAAAUGCACAAUCUGGGAUUUGGAGUUUUCUCAUCAAAUUAAUCCCCUUUCUUCAUUCUUGAUUAAAUCCUUGGAUUCGGACAUAUUUUAUGUUUACUACCAACUGUCAUUUGACUUUUUCAUAUAUACUACUGAAAAGAAGCUUAAAAAAAUUAAUUUCUUGGAUGUUAAUCGUUUUCCAAACUUGAUUAAAUUAUCAUGGUGUUCAUCUCCAAUUAGCUACUAUGACCAAUUCCAGAAGCUUCAAAUUCAAAGUGCUGGAAAAAUUGAUAGUUUAUCGGAUAUCAGCUCUUUUUCUCAUCCAUUGUCUUCUAUUCUUCCAAAUAACAACAUUAGUGUUUCAAAGUCUGUUGAAUUUUAA